UAUAUCUACAGUCAGUCUGUAAGAAUAUAUUGAAUUGUAGUUUCCUUUUAUAGAUAAAACACCAAAAUGAAGUUUGUAGCAUCAACGAUAUGUCUUGUUUACUUCAUUGUAUUGGUAAACUGCAAACUGGACAAAAAAGACUUUGGACCACAUUUGCAUGAAUUGAUGGAUGAAUCUCAUAACAGGUGCAAAAGAAUUACUGGAGCUAGUGAAGCUCUCAUCGAGGAAAUGACAAACGGCCGCUUUCCUGAAGAUAUCGCUAUAAAGAGAUACACUUACUGCCUCUGGAUGGUUGUUAUGGGAUUACAUGAAGACCUUGUUUUGGAUUCAAGAAAAAUGUAUUAUUACAUACCUGAUAUGCACAAGGAAGAUGCAGUCCACUAUAUGAAAUGUAAUGAAGAGGCAAGAAAAUUACCUGGUGACGAUCUUGUUUUGAAAAUAUGGAAUAUGCAAAAAUGCGUCCAGAAAACUAUUGAUGAAAAGCAUUACAUAUGGUUCUAAAAUUAUUCUUAAGAAAACAAGGUUAACAAUUUUAUAGCAAUGGGAGAUUUAAAAGUACUAAUAAAAAAAUGAUUAA